AGUGUUUGACUUGCUCAGCUUUAAUGUUGUGAAAUUACUGUCUGUUUUUAGCUUCUCAUUUGCUGAGCCCUGAAUCUUGCAGAACUCCGGACCCUUUUUUAGGCAUUUUCCUGUUUCAUUACUAAUUGUGGUGUUGAUGUCUGAUUGAAAAAAAAAAUCUGCAGGUGAGGUGAAGGGUUGGUUUCAAGGCUGGAGGCGAAGCAUGUAGGCGUCUUUUGUGACCUUGGGUCUUUUCAGAGACUGAAGCUGGAUUCCAGCAGGGACACAUGGUCCAGACUGACAAGGCCAUCUGCUACAGCGCCAGGCCAGGAGAGGGAGGGAGGAAAGAGGUAAAGAAAGGGAGGGCAGGGGAUACAGAAUUCCUCCCACUGGGGUGUGGAGGGAGUAGAUAUUCUGGGAGAUCAUUGCCAGCACCUUGGAGUGGAACUUAUGCAUUCAGUGUCUUCAAACGUCACUGGAGUAUUCUAAAGCUUCUAUGGUGACUCGUUGAGAAGAUCCAGGUCUGGCCUUCAAACUGAGCAGCACAGAUGACAUUCUUGUAGUGAUGAGCAAUCUUGGCUUUGGGGUUCUUGUAUGCAGUGGAUCCAGUUCCUUCCUCUUGCCUCUGCACCCGAAGCUGAGCACGGUGGAAUAAAGAGGCUGGCGGGUGCAGAGGCCUGGCGUGGGCUGUCUAUCUCUUAUCUGCUUCUACGUCCAAACAGCGACGGAAAGGGAUUGUAUGCUUUCGGUUCUUCUGAAGACCAAAGAGCCAGGUAAAGGAAUAUUUUUAUGAGGCACAUGUUCACAAAGAUGGGCCAGGACCAAACAAAGCAGCAGAUUGAGAAAGGGCUCAAGCUUUACCAGUCAAACGAGACGGAGAAAGCUCUACAUGUCUGGAUGAAGGUUCUGGAGAAGACCACUGAUCCCGGGGGCAAGUUCAGGGCUUUAGGUUGCCUGAUCACAGCACAUUCAGAGAUGGGGAAAUACAAAGAGAUGCUAAAGUAUGCCCUAGCUCAGAUUGACACAGCACGAGAGAUGGAGGACCCAGACUACCUAACCGAAGGCUACCUGAACCUGGCCCGCAGCAACGAGAAGCUCUGCGACUUUCAGAAGACCAUUUCAUACUGCAAGACCUGCUUAAACAUGCAAGGCACCACUGUGAGCCUGCAGCUCAACGGCCAAGUGUGUCUGAGCAUGGGCAAUGCCUUCCUGGGCCUCAGUGUCUUUCAGAAAGCCUUGGAGAGUUACGAGAAGGCCCUGCGGUAUGCACACAAUAACGAUGACAAGAUGCUGGAGUGCAGGGUGUGCUGCAGCCUGGGCAGCUUCUACAUUCAGCUAAAGGAUUACGAGAAGGCCUUGUUUUUUCCAUGCAAAGCAGCUGAGCUUGUCAAUGACUACGGGAAAGGCUGGAGUCUCAAGUACCGUGCCAUGAGCCAGUACCACAUGUCAGUGGCCUACAGGAAGCUAGAGCGUCUGCCAGAUGCCAUGGAAUGCUGUGAGGAAUCAAUGAAGAUCGCUCUGCAGCACGGAGACCGUCCUCUGCAAGCCAUGUGUCUCCUGAAUUUUGCAGAUAUCCAUCGCUGCCGCAAUGAUGUAGAUAAAGCAUUCCCUCGCUACGAGUCUUCAAUGUGUAUAAUGACAGAGAUUGGCAACCGCCUUGGACAAGCAGCCAUCCACUUAGGAGUGGGGAAGUGUUGGCUACUGCAGAAGGAGCUUGACAAGGCACUGGAUUCUUUUCAGCGAGCAUACGAACUAGCAGACGGAAUAGGAAACAAGCUGUUUUGUCUGAAGGUACACUGCCUGUCAGAGGGCAUCUACCGUAGCAGGGAGCAGCAGGACCAGCUCAGAGAGCAGGUGGUGAAGUUCCUGCAAUGCGUAGAAGAGCUGGAGCUCUACUGUGGCAUGUGUGGCGAGUCAAUCGGGGAGAGGAACCAGCAGCUCCAGGCUUUGCCUUGCUCCCACAUCUUUCAUCUCAAGUGCCUGCAGACGAACGGGACACAGGGUUGCCCAAAAUGUCGCCGUUCCUCCAUGAAGCCAGGUUUUGUAUGAUGUGGUUGUGAAGUUCCUCUUUGGACUAGGCGACAUAUCAACGUGGCUCCACUUGAGAAAAAGACUGCAAUGUCCUCUACCAGGAGACACAAAAACAGAAAAAAGGGAGUGUGUUAAAUUCCACCCUGUUCAGCUCGUCUGGAAUUAAUAUCGAGACUGAACACAAAUGGAAAUAGCCGAAAUGGUCACUCCAACCAUCUGCACAAAGUGUAUCUUUGUGCUGUGAGACUUUGAAGAGCGCUGACUCAAAUCUGUGCGUACGCCCUAGUGGGCUAGCCGGAGGCAGCAACUCAGAUACAAAAUUCUUAAAGCACUAAGAAUUUAAGAAAGAUAAUGAGACAAGGGGUCACUAUACAUAUCAUAUUGCCAAGUCAGUGUACACUGGCUAUAUGGCAUGGAUCAUGUUUUCAUGGAUUCAGGUAGAAUUAUAAUCUUUAGGACAUGCCGUGUUUGGCAUCUGUAAAUUGAAUAAAAUGUAGAAAUUAUGCUGACUGUUAAACUGUAUUACAUUUUCAUACUAUAGUAGUAUUAUUAUUAUGAUUAUUGCUAGGCUACUGUAUAUAUAGCACUAACAAACCAUAUACAUUUAAACUGUAUAACUUGAGGAUAUAGUUAAUGCAUUGUAUAUACUUUGUACUACAAAAAAUAGUGUUAGUAGCUCGUUUGAUGUUCAGGGAGGUUCAGUGAUUACAGUGAUGGUAAAAUCGAAUACAGCUAGCUGUGGUUUUAAAACUAUGUUCAUAACAGACCCUCUCAAGAAACUAAAAUACUAUUUUAUACUAAAGAUACUAGUGUUAACUGAACCGAAUGUGUGCUGCAGUGGUUCUUGACUACAGUCCCGAGGAUCCCUUUGCACUGCAUAUAUUUUUUUCUUGCCGAUUCUACACAGUUAACACAGCACACAGUAAUAAAAGCCCUUCAUGAGCCAUUCAAAACUCAGUCCAAAGUGCGGGAUCAUUAGGGACUGGGGCUUAGAAUCAUUUCACUCCUGCAUGUCUGCUUGGCUCCCUGCUUUCCCUGCCCACAACAGCGCUUUCAUAGAUAUGACAAAUUUUUCGCAAAUGUAUGUAUGCAUGUAUGAUUACUAAAAUAUAUAGGUAGCUUAUUAAAAAUUGGAUGCGUAUUACACAGCGGUUACACAGACUGUACAGUGGUUCGACAUCUAACAUUAUGACAGAACAUUUGGUAAAUUAAAGAUUAUUGUUGAAUGUCAACUCUUAAGAAGGACUGAAUUCUUAUAACUAAAUGGGAGCAAUGUGAGAUGCUGCUGCUCUUCUGUUUGUGUUCAUUCUGUUUGUGUAUCAUUAUUAGUUAUACCUUAUGUUUUCAAAAUUAAUAGAACUGUCCCAUUUUACUAACAAAACACAUGUAGCAAUUUCACCUUCUGUCUACUCCUAGUACAAAACUACCUCUUUCCAUUCUUUACUACACAAGCAUGUUUUUGUUUCAGGAUCAGAUUUAAGCUCCAAAUAUAAGAAUAUAUGUUGAAUGUUUGAGAAUGGUCCUUCAGACAUAUCCAGUGGAUUUUUUUUUAUAGUGAAAUUUCAAUAAACCUUUUUUGCUACAAUUGAUGUCAGACUCUUCCUUUUCCAUGACGACAUAGCUACACACUGUGCAUUUGUAGCAGCUUUUUUUGUAAAGCUGUUACAGGUCCCGUCACUCAGCACAACUUAAACUAAACUGAUCCUCAGUAAUGAGUGCACAGGCGUGCGAUAUGAAAAGAAGCAGUUGCUUCCUGAUAAUUGGUGAAGUUCUAGCCCAAGGGUGUCCAAACUUAUCCACAAAGGCCCACUGUGGGUGCAGGCUUUCAUUCCAACCAAGCAGAAGCCACACCUGAGUCUACUGAAAGCCAGGAUCAACUGAUUAAACUGGUGGAAUCGGGUGUGGCUCCUGCUUGAUUGGAAUGAAAACUGCACCCACACCGGCUCUCAGAUUACACACCCCUGCUCUAGCCAUAUGGUUGUGCAUAAGUUUAACAAAUUAUUAUUCAGUACUCUUAUCAAGUUUUCUUAAUAACUUUAACUGUCAGUUUUUUUUUGCCUCCUCCCAAACAAAACCUUUUAAUAAUUUUCAUUUAUGUUCAUUCAUUCUUGCCUUUUGCUUCCACUUUUCCUUGUGGCAACAGUCUGAGAUGGUCUCUUCUCUGUCCCUAGCCACAUAUUAGAGCUCCUCCUGAGGGAAUCCCCAGACAUUCCCAAGCCAACUGUGAGAUAUAUCCUUUCCAGCGCGUCCUGGGUCUGCCCCAGGGUCUCCGACCACAGCGCCAUGUCUGAUACAGUUCCUCCUGGAGGGCAUACCUGUAGGCACCCAAAAGCACCUCAACAGCAGCUCUACUCUCAGGCUCUCUCAGACUGCUGAGCUCCUCACACAUCACGGAGAUUAAGAACAGCAACUCUGCAGGAGAACCCUGUUUCCACCACCUGUACACGCAGCCAUAUUCUUUCAGUCACUACUAA